UUGAAGUCUACCAAACCGACAAAACGAAACUUGACAGCUAAGGAAAACGGUAACGAACGAUCGUGUUCUUGUGGUAUAUUGAUGCCAUCGUUUAACGUGAAUUUUCUUGUGCAAAUCCCUGCAACAAAUGGGUUUUGAGAAUUAUUUCAUUAUAAUAAAAUAAAGAAAAAUUGCACAACAGCAAUGAGUCGACGUAAACGGGAAAGUUCUCCGGAAGCGCCGUCGAAAAAGCGUCGAAGCCGGAUUCGUGAGAAUAGUCCCAGUGAUAACGAAGAAGUAUCACCGAGCUUGGAAAAUGUCUCGUCGGUGGCUUCGCAGAUGUGUUCGGAUAUUGAGCGUGCUAUUAUUUUCGACAUCAAGCAGAACAUCCGGAGCGGUAAGAUUUUAAUGAUGCAGUUGAAAAACUUCAUGUGCCAUCGGAAUAUGAUAAUCGAUUUUAACAAAAGAGCGAACUUGUUAGUCGGUAAUAACGGUAGUGGUAAAAGUGCUAUCUUGGCUGCAUUAGCCGUUGGACUCGGGUGCAGCGCAAACGCUACAAACCGAAGCAGCAGUAUAAAACAACUGAUCAAGCAUGGUGAAACGCAGGCCACUAUUGAAAUUCAUUUGGAGAACGAUAGUUUCGAUGCAUAUGAAAGAGACGUCUAUGGUAACAAAAUAAUUGUUGUACGUACUAUUAAUGCUUCCGGAGCAACAAACUAUAAAUUGAAAAGCGAGAAUGGUACUAUCAUUUCAACGAGCCGGAGUGAGUUGCAUAAGCUGAUCCUGUAUCUAAACAUUCAAGUUGAUAAUCCGGUAUGCGUGCUUAAUCAAGAUUUGGCUCGAUCUUUUCUCAAAGAUUCUGAUGAAAAGAAGCAGUACAGCCUUUUUCUGAAAGCUACGCAAAUCGAUGCCAUCACCAGUAAACUUAAUGGUUGCACACCACAGCUUGAAAAUGCGAAACACAAUUUGGAAUGCAAUGAGAAAAGUUUGCGAUAUUUGGAACGAGAAAUUCAAGAUAUGACAGAAAAGUAUACCAACCUUCAAUCAGUGGAGAAAUUGAAAAACAAUAUUAAAGAAGCGCAGCUCAAGAUGGGUUGGCGAAUUGUGGUGGAUAAAAAUGCUGAAUUUUCUCAGCUCGAGGAACAAUUGCGCGUCAAGCUGGACACUAUGAAGGACCACUUGAACUCGAUUCAGAACCGAGAAGCUAUCGAACAACAGAUAGAUCGUACGAUCCAACGCUUUCGAAACGACAUCGACGGUAAGAAGGUUGGUUUUGGUGAGGUACAAGAGAAAUACAAUCAAGCCCGGAAAGUUGGUCACCAACUGCAGGAACAGCUUGCCGACAAGAAACGCCAGCUUGCAAAGGCUACAGAUCGGCUGCAGCGACAGGCUAACGAUAUUCGUGGCUUAGAGGCGGAUUUGAAGCAGCGCAGUGAAUCUGGCUACAAUCGGGUUAUCGAAGAGAAAAGACGUAAUGAGGAAAUGAUAGAACAACUGGGUGGAAAAAGAGACGAUCUGCAGGUCAUGAUCGAAAACACAAAACGCGAUGUAGACUCUCUCCAUAACACUCUUGGUCAGAUAACGGAGGCAAAGGAAGAAUUACUGCACAGACGUGUGGCUAAGCAGCAUGAAAAAUCUCGUACCGAAUCACAGCUGCAGCAAUUCGAUUCAACAUCGCGCGAUAGUCUGUCGGUUUAUGGGAAUAACAUGCCUGCUCUCGCAGCUAGAAUUCGACAGCUGCACGAGCAACGGCGGUUCUCAGAAUUGCCCCGUGGCCCACUAGGUCAAUACAUUAAGGUCAAGGACAAGAAGUGGACUGCUAUGAUCGAAGUGUUGAUUGGGCCCGGAAUAUUGACCGCUUUCUACGUUAACUCGGAUGCCGACCGUAACGCUCUGAAUCAGCUCAUCCAGCGUGAGUUUCCCGAUUUACGAGGGCGAACCAUUAUCACGGGACGCUUUCACAAGCAAGUCUACGAUAUUCGCGCCGGACGAGUUGCUGAAAUUCCCAACGCCCACGCACUGAUGAAUUUGAUCAGUGUGAACGAUCCCAUCGUAAUGAAUUGCUUGAUUGAUCAGGUUAAAAUUGAAACAAUUCUUGCUGUGGUUGAUCAGGAAUUAGCAAUGCAUCAUACCAGCCAGCAGGAAAAUGUGCCAACAAAUUUACAGAAAAUUGUGGUAAUGGAGCCGUUUGCAGAGUUUUACCCGAUGCCAAAUUAUCGAAGCUACGGUUUAAAAAAACGACCAGCACGAUAUCUUCAGGUCAACAUGACUGAAUUGAAAAGGCAAACCGAACGACAGAUGCAGCAAAUAAACGAAGAAUUGAUAGCAUUGAAUCAUCAAAUUGAUGAGGAAACUCAGAGGCAAAAUGAAAAACAGAGGGCUUUGAAGGAAAAGCAACUGCUACUAUCAAAGCAGCAACGUGAGCUGGCCAAUGUGGAGGCCAAAAUAAACGAUCUGAAAGUGAUCGAAUACCCGGCAGAGUCUGAGGACAUCACUCUUCAAACCGAACUGGAUGAACUGAAACUUGCUCAAGUCAAGCUGAAUGAAACGAUCAGUAAAAUUAAAGAGGAUCUUGAUGCUUGUUUACAGGAAAUAGCUGCCCAAGAGCGCAACAUUCAGGAAAAGAGAGACCUCUUGAAGCAGAUCGAGGGUGAGGUUCAGAAAAUUCAGGACAAUAUUGAUGCUGAGCAACAGAAGAGGCACGAUAUGCAGGCUAAUUCCAAGACGAAACAGCAGCAGCUAGAUAGACUUCGUCAUGAAGUUAAAAAUUUACAGGCCACACGAACCGAAAUGAAACAAUCGCUUGAAGCGGCAACCCAAGACGCCCAAACACGUGGUGACCAAAUUGAGGUAACCGAAACACAAGAUCAGCUGAAAAGAACAAUUUCUUCAAUGGAGAAGCGAAUCCAACACAUCAAUUCCAAAAAUGACAAUAUUGUCGAUGUUAAGGCCAUCCUUGACAAUAAGCUUAUGAAACAGGACACUUCCUUGCGGUACACGGACUCAUUGAAGAAGGUGAUCAGAGCACUGCAGAAUUCCCGCUCGGCUCGCUACGCGUAUCUGCAUAAGCUAAAAUCACACAUGUCGCUUCGAGUGAAGCAUAAAUUUAACACUGUCAUGCAGCUACGUGGAUUUGUUGGAGAAAUAGCAAUGGAUGUUAAAAACUACACGCUAACCUUAUCGGUUGUCCCACGCGACAGGAACGUUUCGAAUGCGGUUUCGAAUACCAAAUCACUCUCCGGUGGCGAGAGGUCCUAUUCCACUGUUGCCUUUCUAAUCGCGCUGUGGUCCUGCGUAGACACGCCAUUCUAUUUUCUAGAUGAGUAUGACGUUUUUACCGAUCAGGUUAAUAGACACAUGAUGACAAUGUUGCUACUGAACGAGACCAAGAAGAAGGCAGACCGGCAGUUCUGCUUUCUCACGCCACAAGAUAUGAGUAAUAUACAAGCUACGGAUGAUCUCACCAUCCACCGGAUGGCUGAUCCGGAGCGAUGCUAGGAACGUUUGAAAUGACCAGGGUAUUAAGAUCGUUAAGAUACUUGUUACGACGCAUUCGACUGUUAUAAAAACAUUGUUUUUCCUUCUUGUUGACAAAUUUGGCGCUGUCUUUUUAUAAGUUAAUAAAAACUCAUUUUCCUUUGUAUUAACUAUCGAA